AUACAACUCAACCCUGAGUUUGGACAUUCACCAGGGACGACGAAUCAAUAACACAGUCAAGCAACAUGGGAGGCAAGAUAGAUUGCUAUAUCGACAUCGCGUCCUUCUACAGCUACAUCGGCUUCGUGUACCUGGUCGAGAACCUGAAGACUCUCGAGUCUCAUGGCGUCCAAGUAGAAUUCCACCCCAUUUUGCUCGGUGGCAUUAUGGCCAACUCGGGCAACAACCCGCCCUGGUUCAACAAGGCAAAGGCAAAGUAUGGAUUCUACGAGGGCAGGAGGGCGUCAGCCGGCGCGGGCAUACCAGAGACGCAGUUCCCCGAUGAUCUCAUGUCGCAGAGCCACACCAUUCUCCCAUUGAGGGCUCUGCACUAUAUCAAAGCCAACUACCCUCGCGAGGUGUACCAUGCCACAUGGGCACACCUGUUCAAGAAGUUCUGGACACCGCCUAACCUCAACCUCACCAAAGUCGACAUCCUAGCCAAGGUCCUGUCCGAGUUCGACGCCUUCUCGCCCGAGGAAUGCGAGCAGAUCCUGGCCGCGGCCAAGUCGCAGGAGGCCAAGGACGCGCUCACCAAGGCCACCAAGUCCGCCCUCGACCAGGGUGCAUACGGCGCACCCUGGCUGUGGGUGCGGAACGACAAGGGAGAGGCCGAGCCCUUCUUUGGAAGCGACAGGUUCCAUCACAUUUACAAACACCUCGGCCUGCCGUACCAGGACAUCGCGCUGUUGCCCCCUGGGGGCAGGUCUAAGCUGUAGCAAGGGCGGUCAGAUGGGUCACGAGGCAAUAAUCAAGCGGUUCUUCUAUU